CACGAAUCCCUCACCACCCAACCCGCGCCCUUCACUCCGCACACAAUGAAACCCGGGAACAUAUCCAUCCGGUCCCGAUCGCGGCCCAUGUGCCAAUUGUGCGAUUACAUAUUGCAGCAGCCUACAUACCAGCGGCGGUUCCUCGCGACGUCAACCUUCAAGGCACCCUCGUUGCGGCGUCAACUUCCAAGACAUCAUGGCGUGUUCCCUACCAUAUCCGCGAGGAGAAGUACGACAGCGUCUCGGGCGACACUGCAGGCGCAAGAACUGGAGCCUGAGCGGCCAGAAAUCACAAAGGCAGAGUCCAAGUCGUUGAGCGCCCGACUGCAAAAAGUGGAGAGAUUCAUCAGCUCGAUCCUCGAGUCCCCCAAAAUCGAGGAAGGAGACCAAAAGGCUGUCUUCGCCCUUGGAGAGCUUCAAUCCAUCGCCGAAAUAGCCAUCGAUAUCCGCCUUCGCCAGUUGCAGAAGGGGAGAAAGCUGAAUUCAAAAGCAAGCUCCGCCGCCGCGCUCCUCUCCCUUGAAAACGGAAACAGCACCGGCAACCUCAACGGCAAGAGCGUCAAAAUCUCCACCUCACCCUUACCAAACGACCUUCCCUCCCCAACACACCUCCAACAACUCGCCGAAACCCUCCUUAGAAAUGAGAAAGUCUUCGUCAGCCCCGCUCUGCUCUCCGAGUACGUCGACCUUGUGCGAAUUCUCCAGCGCCCGCGCUCCCUCCCCGCAAUCUUCCGUCUCUACGCCAACAAACCCAUCCCCAUCGCCGGAACAUGUCCGCCUAGAUUCUCUAAACCCUCGCCCAACGCCGCAAAACAAGCCGUUCCGAAAGAAAUAGCUGAGCGCGCAUUAUCCGCCGCCAUCGCGUCAAAAGACCUCGUCCUCGCACUUGACGUAGUAGACACAACAUUCUGCGCGCCAGCAUGGACGCGACAUAAGAUUGUAACCAAGGCCAUACCGCCAACGGCACUUGCCGCAUUCCUACCCCUUGUUCUGUGGGUGGUGGCGCAGGAGAUGAGCUUCUACUCCGGAUACAUCGAUCCCUGGUCCUUCAAAAUGUACUCCUGGGCAGGCCUUCUCACAUAUGUGUCAUGUACGGGCACCCUUGGGUUCGUAGCAUUCACAACGGCAAACGACCACUUCGAUCGCGUGGUUUGGCGGCCCGGUAUGCCUCUUCGUGACCGAUGGCUCAGAGAGGAGGAGAGGGCUGCGCUAGAUAGGAUAGCGGGUGCGUGGGGCUUUAAAGAGACCUGGCGACGAGGUGACGAGGAGGGCGAGGAGUGGGAGGGACUGAGAGAAUUCAUUUCGCUGAGGGGCAUGUGGCUCGAUAAGCCGGAUCUCCUCGAGGGAAUGAAUCCUGGAGGAGAAUUCGGAAAAUGGAAAAUGAGCCAGUCGCUCUUUAGUCGCUGGACGAAGAAGACUUAGAACGCCCCGCCUGGGAACGACCUUGAGGGAUAAAUAGUUGAAUAAAGGUCGACUAUUUCCUGAAAAUAUCUGCCUUUGAAUGAUGACGGCGUACCAGUCUCCCUUGGGAUGUUACGAGUAAACGCCGGAUAGUAUCUUAUGUAAUAUGAAUGAUUUAGUGAAAGAUUCAGCAUUUGACAGUCCAAGGAGUUAAC